AAAAUGAGCUCUUACGUCGCCAACUCGUUUUACAAGCAAGCCCACGAGGCGUCUGCCUACACCAUGCACAGUUUUGGCAGCUAUGGAUCGCUCUCUGAGCUCCAUCCAUCCAGUUUUUGUUACGGAGGGCUCGAUCUCAGCGGAACCUUCGCCUCUCCAGCCUCUUCGAACUCCCUCAAACGGGAAGAGAUGAACACGAGUCUGCAUGGCAGUCCGGACGCCCAGCCACCAUCACGGUCCCAGGCUUGCUCGGCUGUGGGCUCCCUUAGACGGUCCGUGAACGCAAACGAGCAGCGCUCUCCCAGUCUUGGUCUGUUCAGUCAAAAAAACGAGGUCGAUACGGAGCUGAGUUCAGAGAGCAAGCCCAGCGGCAACACCAGAGCAGGCGAGAUCAAAGUUGAAACCGUCCAGCCAGUGACACAACAAAAUAAUUCGAGCCAGCCUCAGACCAACCGCCAGCAGCCGCCGAUAUAUCCUUGGAUGACAAAGCUACACAUGAGUCACGAAUCUGACGGUAAGAGGUCAAGGACCAGUUACACCCGCUACCAGACUCUCGAGCUGGAGAAAGAGUUUCAUUUCAACCGGUACCUGACUCGUCGCAGGCGUAUUGAGAUCGCUAAUAGCCUCUGCCUGAACGAGAGGCAAAUUAAAAUCUGGUUCCAGAACCGGCGCAUGAAGUGGAAGAAGGAUUCAAAGAUUAAAGUGAAGGAAUCUGUUUAGAACGCCUGAGGGAUUACGUUGGCCUCAAAGCGAAUUGUUAGAAGAGGAAGUGGAGAAUGAAACUGCUAAUGAAACAUGAAGGCAUUCAAACUCACUUGCAGCACCAGCCCUGUGCUUUGAGCAGUAAAUUAUUUGCAUCUGUCUAUGUUUUUGGAAUGUUUAUGUGUAAUUUAUUUCUAUUCAUAGCCCACGUAUAUAAUUUUAUUACUGUCAUUACUAUUUCUAAUAUUCUUGCAGUUAUUUUGUGUAAUGAAAUGUGACAUUCAAGUGAUACAUAUAAGGCGGAGCUCUAGCUCUCUCCUGGCUAAGGCCACACCCCUUUCCUGCCCAACAAAAAGAGAAUGGAAACGAGAGUCAUAGAACUUUGAAUAUUUUAAUUUAUUGUAAUGGUUUUGAUUUGUAUUAUGUAACGAAGUAUACUUGUAAUUCAUUGUGCUAUACUGUGUUCUUAUAUUGAGUGGCCCCAUGACGAAGUAGGAAACGAAACUAUGGUAGCUAAGGGCAACUAAAUUUAAAGCAUCUUCGUCCUCCAAGGGUCGAAAUGAAUCUCCCCUUCAGGUGUUUACGUUUCAGAAGCGUUUUAACAAGUCUUACGUUUUCACAUUUUCAUUCAUAUUUCUGCGACCAUCGAACCGGGAAAUCUUGUUAAAGCAACGACAUAGUAACCUGUUUGAAGUAAUGUUUCAAAGUUAAACUAAAGUCGUAUGAUUGGGUGCAUUGUAUUACGGCAGCAAAUUGUAGUAGGCUGCAUGAUUUCCGCUCUUGCCAUGUAUUGAAUAGGCCUAUACUUUAAAUUUUGUAACUCAGUACAGAUUUGAAUCAAAUAAUGCUCUGCUAAACAAUCGCAAGUCGUGGGCCCUGCGUCUUCCCCGCUCCAAAAUUCAAAUGAUAGAUAUCUAUAUUAUGCAUAUAAUCUAUUAUCAUGUCAUACUAUCUUUCCUGUCAGAUAGGCACCACUUAGUUAUCAAAUUACAAAUAAAAUAAUUCCCGCCAGAACUCAGAUUCAGUUGGCUGCAUAGAGGCAAUAGCCAUUUGUUUAUUGUUAUAAAGUGAAAUUGACAAAUUCGAGUGUACCAUAUGAUUACUUACAUCUUUUUGGAACUCCAGCAUGAGAUAUCCUCCUUUUAUGAAGUCAAAAAACUUUUUUUGCUCCUUGUUGGUAAACCGCUACAAUACAAAUAUUUCUUUAAUGUGUUCUGGAGCAAACAGAUUGCUAUACUGUGACGAAGUGAAUAGCCUGCGCUAACAAAUAAGGACCAAUCUUUUUGUUUGUUUCAGAAACGUGAAUAAAUUCUUAAAGUCCCUCCAUGUAGCUCGACUUUUACAUCUGAGGACAUGUAACAAAACUUUAUUUCUUCGAA